AUGGACGGGUGGCUGCUGGCGGCGCUGACGGCGCUGGCGGCGGGCGCAGCGGGCAGAGGCCAGUGCCACAGCUCCGGGGAGGGGGGAAAUGGGGAGUUUGGGGGGCUGCUCCAUCCCGGCCUCGCCCAACCCACUGGGUUUUGGAGUGUGGGAUUCCCGCAGCCGCUGCCCUCUCCUGCAGGCACUGCCACGGACCCCGGAUUCUCCUGCUGGAGGCAGUGCCAGUCCUGUUCCCACCCAUUCCUCUGCUCCUGGCCACCCCUAGGCCCCACCGGCAACACCUCCUACCUGCUGACCUUCUGCUACAUGCCACCCAAGCCAUGCCAGAAGUUCAAGGUGGGCACGAGCACAACAUACAUCCUGAGUGCGCGCCGCGUUUACGUCUUCACCAACGUCACUGCCUGGGUGGAGGCACGCUGGGGGCACCACCUUCACAGGACCCCCAACAUCACCCUGUACCUCAAUGAGGCUGUCAAGCUGGAUCCACCUCCAGCUGGGAUGUCCUUCAACAAGACUGGUGGGCAGCUAUGGCUGCAGGUGCCAGGGGCACCGUGCCACCGUGGGCACCGUGGGCUGCUGCAGCGGGAGGCUCGCUUCCGGAGCCCAGGCAACCCUGACUGGACACAGGUGAUGUGUGAGACAGUGAUGGGCAAGGAUGACUCAGUGACCUGCACCCUGGGGCAGAACGGCACCUUUGAGGUCCAGCUUCGACACAAGCCCCAUCACUGGAGCAGCUACUGGAGCAACUGGAGCAGCUCCAUCUUUGUUCCCGAGGAAAUCCGGGCGAGCCCUGUGCUGAGCUACCAGCUGGGGAAACUAGGGAGAGCUGGGCAGCGGGUGCUGAGGCUGGGCUGGCAGCAAGCCCCCAGGGAGCAGGGAGAUGUCACCUACACACUGCGUGCCCACAUGCCGGCGUGCCGCUGUGCCGAGCUGGUUGAGGAGGAGGUCGUGGUGCUGAGCAGGGAGGUGACAAUGCACAACCUCACCCUCUCCGGGGCCGAGUACCAAAUCCUGCUGACAGCUGCCAACACCGCCGGGCCGGGCCCCCCGCAGCAGCUCCGUGUGCCAGCAGAGCAGCAUGCAGGCAGCCUCGAGGGAGUUCUUUUCCCAGCCGUCCCUCACAGCCCCCAUUUCAUCCCAGAUUUUGGCUUCGAGGACAUCAGCGUGGUUGGUGGCACCAUGACGGCGCGGUGGGAGGCACCGAGCCCUGGCUCUGUCUACUGCUUCGAGCAGCAGGCGCUGCCUGGCGACACAAAGCAGGGCACCUGCACCCAGCAGGAUUUCCCGGCCGGGAGCAUCCAUGAGGAGAGAGGAGCGCUGCAGCUGCCUGCGUGUCACCGCCUGGCUGUGCACGGCUGGGCCCCGCACCGGGGCUGGGCCACCCUCGCCCUGCGGCACCACUAUGCCAGCAACGCCUCACUGUCCGUGCCCAUCCGCAUCAAUGCCAGCAGCGGGGAUGCCACCACCAUCACCCUGCAGUGGAGCCCACCCCCACAUGCCACCUGUCCUGGGGCAAUGGCCAAGUACCUCAUCUGCCACACAGCCAGGGGGGACAAUGUGACGUACGUGGAGCUGGACGCCGCAGCCUCGCACCACACCCUCCAGAAUCUGCGGCCAGGCACAGCCUACAGGGUGGCUGUUCGAGAGGUGACAGCGGAGAGCGGAAGGACCUGUGGCACCUGGUGGCACUUCCGGACCAAGGCACUGGGUCCCCAGGGAGCAGCAUGGAAAUCCAACCUGAAGUACCUGGGCAUCUCCCUCAGUCUCCCCACCAUGGCCACUAUCUACCAGCUGAUCAAAAAGAGGGCUCGCCGCCUCCUCCUCCCGCCCCUGCCCCAGCCCAUGGGCACCAAAGCCAUCCAUUUCUCCACCAGUGAAAUGAGCCAGGACCAGCCGUGGCCAGGCUUUGUGGAGCCCUCAGAGAGGUUCAGCCCAGCUGAGUUGCUGAUGCCAGAGCCAAAUCCCAGCAAGGAGCUGCCAAUCCUGGAGUCAAAUCCUGACAAAGAGAUGGCUGACACCAGCACAUGGCCUGGCACACCUCAGCCUGUUCCCACAGCUGAGGAACCAGUGGUGCUGUGCCUGCCAGGCUGUGAGCAGGAUCUGCCCUUUGCCUACCGCAGGCAGGAGGUGCUGAGGCCAGAGGCUUUGCCAUCGCCUGGCAGCCCUGAGGAGGAAGAGGAAGAAGAGGAGGGAAGAUGGGGGCUGCAUCAGCCACUGAUUCCUAUCACCCUUCUCAUCUCCAACAAACCCAUCAUCAUCAGGAACCAGGAAGGAUGUGACCCAUCACAGGAGGAGUUGGUGCCAUAACCAGCGCUGGACCAGGGGCAGCAGGGAUGGAUGGCAGGAGGGGGGCAGGGGGCUCCCAUGGGAUGCUGGGCACCCACCUCUUGGACUCAUGUCCACAUUUGCAUUUUCAGGGAUAGUUUUGGUUACCAGGAUGUGGUAGGUGAUGCCUCCAGAUUCCAUGGGCCAGGAUCUGGCCAGGCACAUCCCAGCCUUAACCGUUCCUUGGCGAUA